AACCCCACUUAUCUUUGUAGAAAAGCCUAAACUGGACCAAUUUUAGAUCGAAUAUCGAAAGUAAACACAACAAUCAAUCAACUCAACGCUACUCACCGACCUUUCUAGUCUUCUACAUACACUUUUACACGAAAAGAAACCCCUUUUGUAAACGAAGCCCCAUUUUUUUGGAUAAGAAACAUAUCUCUGUUGUCUGGGACUAGGCAACCCCGGCCCUCAUCCCAACCCAAAUCCGAGGCAAGGAUCCGUUAAGCCCCCCCGUUUAUCCUGGACCCCGAAGAGUGCCUCGUGGCCAAUCGAAGAUCCAAAACGGCGCCACUUAAACCACAAGCCUACAAAAUUGGCCGAAUGUUAUGUUGUGGCUUCUGCUGUGGCAAUAUGUCGAAACGGGAUUACAAAGUGGCCACCACCGAUGGCAUCGAGCUGGAGCCGUUGGGCGGCGAAAAGAGCGACAAGGACAAGGACAAGGAUAAGGAGAAGCAAACGAAUGGUGUCACCUUCGGUGGCGAAUCAAGCGGCGGCCGCCAGACGCGAACCGGAGUGGCCGUCUGCUCCCAGCGGCGGGCCCUCCUUGUGGCCGGAAUCGUACUCGGCUCACUCCUGCUGACGGCCAUCAUCAUCGCCUACGCCGGACCGCAGAACGACUGCUCCUGCGGAUCGAAAACGGUGUCCGGAUACGAAUCGGAUGAAGAAAACAACACCCAGCCCUUCAAUCCGAUUGCCACCAACGGGGAGCCUUUCCCCUGGCUGGAAAAGAUGCUGCCCACCAGUGCGCGACCCCUGCGCUACAUGGUCACCAUUCACCCCAACCUGACGACCCUCGACGUCAAAGGUCAAGUUACCAUCGAUUUGCACGUGGAGAAGGAGACCAACUUCAUUGUGCUGCACAUCCAGGACCUCAAUGUCACCGAAAAGGCCAUUGUAACCCCCGGACCCAAGGGCUAUGCCCUCAAAAUUGUCAAGGUGCUGGAGUUUCCGCCCCGUCAGCAGCUUUACAUCGAGGUGAAGGAGAAGUUGAAGAAGAAGUCCAAUUACACCCUCAACCUGCGCUGGUACUCCAAACUCAAUCCCGAGCCCGAGGGCUUCUACGUCGACCAGUAUGAGAGCUCCAACGGAGUGGAAAGAUUACUGGCUGCCACUGUUUUCCGGCCGAAUGGUGCGAGACGGGCUUUUCCCUGCUUCGAUGAGCCGCAUGUUCGAGCUCCAUUCCGCAUUUCCGUGUUCCGAGAUCGCUUCCAUAUUGGUCUGUCCAACUCCAUUGUGCACACCACCGAAGAUGUUGGCUUCUACAUGGGCACGGGACUGCUCCGAGAUGACUUCAUUGAAACACCACCUCUGCCCGCCGACGCUGUGGCAUGGGUAGUGAGCGAUUUCCAACGCGAGUCCCUGCAGCCCUCCGCCGCCUACAUUCCGACGACACCAGCCCCCCUGGGCUCCGGAGUCGGUGGCAAAAAGUCCGCCCAGCUGAACAAUUACACGCAGCUGAAAGGCAAGAACCCGCCGGUACGGAACAUCACUGCCCUGACACAUUCCCUGAACGUGAACCUGACGCCGCGCCAGAACCUGAGCGCCAUUCAUGCUACAACGACAACAGCACUUCCGGUUAAUCUGAACGGAAACGGAAAGCCCUCGAAUCUCACCUCGAUGUCCCAGUCAACGGGAUACUCCAUAAAGCGGGCUCCAUCGUACACCUUCUAUGCGCCGAGGGAUCUGCUGGUUCGCUCCUCGUUCAUCCUGCACACAUCGCGGGAUGUUCUGGAGUAUCUGCAAACCUGGCUGGACAUAAGCUAUCCUCUUACGAAGGUGGACUUUGUGGCACUCCCUUCGCUCGAUCGAAAUAUGAUAUCCUCACUGGGCCUGGUGACCCUGAAGACAUCUUUCCUGACGGAUCCGCAUUCGAUUACCUCGGAACAGUAUCAGUUCAGUGCCCUGCGCAUUGCCGAGGCCAUGGUGAGGCAGUUUUUCGGGGGCAUCACCUCCCGGAAAGUACUUAAGGACGUCUGGCUGUGGGAGGGCUUGAUCCAGUACCUGGGUAUUCAUGCCCUGGCCCCCCUGCAGGAUAGCUGGCCGCUGCGAGAGAUGUACUUGCUGAAAAUGGCCACUGCGGCACUCGAUAUCGAUGCCAUCCAAGGAUGGGACAGCAUUAUGAACGGCACCAGUCACGAUGGCAACAACGAGGAGUUCUUCGUCCAGAAGACGGCCGCCAUAUUUUCCAUGCUGCACACGGCCAUCGGGGAAGACCGUUUCCGAGGAUGUCUUGGUACGUUCCUCAAGGUGAAUCGUUUCAAAACUGCCGAGCCCACGGAUCUCUGGACCAUUUGUACCAAGAAGGCCAAUGGAUCGAAGAACAUCAAGGAUAUGAUGACCCUGUGGACACAUCAGCCAGGAUUUCCGCUUCUCACCGUCACCAAAAUGGGCAAUAGCAUUUCCAUUUCGCAGAGACCCUUCCGGCCGGCCGAAUUCCUGGCCAUUCACGAUGAUUCCUACGAUGGCAACAACUACAACAAGACGGCAGUCAAUGCCACGGACAUGCCCAGCACAGUGGCGCCCUCGGUUCAUGGCAACAAGCACAAGACUCCGCCACAUAUGAAGUGGAUAUUCCCGGUUACCUAUGUCACCGAUAUAAACAAUGUCAGCGAGACUCUUUGGAUGCAGAACGUUGAUGUAACCUUCAAUGUGCCGGAGAACGUCAAGUGGAUCAAGGUGAAUGCCAUACAGAAUGGAUACUACCGAGUGGUCUACAACGAUGACAACUGGGCGAGUCUGAUUGAGGAACUUUCCAACAAUCCCCAACGGUUUACGAGCGAGGAUCGCUUGGGUCUCUUGUCGGACGCCUUCACCUUAUGCCAUGCCAACCUGCUGCCCUGCGAGAUCACCAUGAACAUGAUCCAGUAUCUGCCCAGCGAGACCCACUACGGACCCAUGGCUCUGGCCUUGAGGCACCUGGAGAAAUGGCGGCGCAUUCUCAAGUACUCUGAAUGCUUCCUCAUGCUUAGCGAGUUCAUAAAAAUAAAGAUAUCCACCGUAAUGGAAAAGGUGGGCUGGUCGGACGAUGGCGAUGUGGCUACCAGGCUAAUGCGUCCAGAGGUGUUGCUGGCCUCUGUCUUGUGGGAGGACAUGGAGAGCAUAAACAAGGCCAAGAAUAUGCUUAACCAGUCCUUGUACUAUAAUGGCUCUGCCAUACCCCCAAAUCUUAGAGAGGUGGUCUACACUGGCUCCAUCUUAUCCGGGGAGUACAUCUACUGGCAGCACUGCUGGGAGCGAUUCGUUAACCUGCAACGCACCUCGGAAACUUUCGUGGAAAGGAUGCAGCUGCUCCGUGCUCUGGGCAGGACCAAGGAUGCUUGGCUUCAGAACCGCCUGCUCUCGCAUGUCACGAUGCUGCCCACCGAGGAGGUGGUGCAGGUGCUCAAGGCUAUUGCGGGCACGCCCACGGGCGGUGCUAUGGCCUGCCGUUUCCUGCAGGCCAAGUGGUUCGAGCUGGAGAAGCGCCUGGGCCCUGGCACGAUAAGUUUCGCCAAGGUCAUAUCGGCCAUCACCCAAUACGGGGCCACCAAGUUCGACUACGAUGAGCUGAAAUCCCUGGUGCAUCGUUUUGGACGGGGUCACGGCAUGUCGGUGUUGAACAUGACCCUAAGCAGCGUGGCCUCCAACGUGGAGUGGGUGGCCAGGUCACAGACCUCGCUCUACAAGUGGGUGGAAAGCAACCUGCACUCACAUCGAUAAAAGCCGAGAAGGCAGAGCAGGGACGCCAGAGUCCUCUUCAAACUCAUUUGUAAUUAUGUUCCUCUCAGACACGAAUCUUAAGUGGGUUUUGAUUUCGCCGCGUUAACUAUGGAUAUAAUGUGUACUCUUUAGCAUAUCAUUGAAAGUUCGAUUGAUCUCCUUGGUUCCCUCGUUUCGUAGGUCUCCUAUAAGUUUAGUAUUUUUAAAAGAAAGAACCCCUCACACGCACUGUAAAUUACAAAUGCUAUGAUCAAGCAGCUCUUAUAUAUGUGUAUAUCUAACCCGGAGGCGGGUGACCUUUUCUAGCACAUAUGUAUGUGUAUAUCUACAACUGAACAUAAGGAUCUAUCUAUAUAUGUAUAUUGUAUAUGUAUGUAUAUUUUACAAACCGAAACAGAAACCCAAAAACAAAACAAAACAUAUUUAGAGCAAUGGAUAUAAUUGUAGAGUGUAAGCAAAGAACAAAGAACAAACAUAUUUUUUCAUAAAAACACAAAAACCAAAAACCAAAAUCCCCAAAAAACCAAAACAAAGUCCCCAGAUAUACUAAAUCGCUAAAUGAUUAAAUGUAUAGCAUAUGUAUAUUAGAUUUCGGGUGUGUGUCCGUGUAUGUGCGCAUCACAGAAGUAUCACAGAAUUCUUCCUUUUUGUCCAAAAAGCAUAGUCUACUUAUCGCAACAUAAUGCAUCUAUAACGAUCUAAGGAUACUGCCUGACCGAAUAAGUGUGAAGCUUCCAGCAUAGUCUUAUAUUUAUUAUUUUAAAUAAAUAACAUUUAACUUGAUUCUCUCUACCGGAAGUCUAUAAAGGUGAGACGGCCUUCAAGGUCGAUCCCAAUCGAACUCGGUUGAAUAACAAGUUUCAGCAGAGACAUCAACUGAUUCCACAUAUUAAAAUAGCAAUUCAGGCACGCGAAAUAUGUAAAUCUCUAACGACUUUUAAAUUUAAAUACUUUAACGAUAUCACAUGGCUGCCAUAGGUACUAGUCGUAGUUGGCAGAGCAGAGGUCUUAGGUCAGGUGGGCAUAUAACUUAGGCACUCGAGAUACGAAAUACCAUAUAGUCAUACCCCUCCCCCAAAUGUACAUACAUGGCAUACAUGCUGUAGUUCUGCUAGAUAUUAUUGGGAGUUAUUAGUCCGACACUUUUUAUUUCCGCACCAGACUGGCAAUCAGUUUACUGACA